AUGGCCACUCAAAGCGCCAUUGUUGUCCAAGGACCUGGCCGCGCGACACUGGAAGGCGUCCCGCUUCCUGACUUGCCGGAUAACUACAUUCUCGUCAAAACGAAAGCUGUCGCUUUGAAUCCAACGGACUGGCGCCAUAUUGAUUUUGUACCCUGCACUGGGGCCACCGUGGGCUGCGACUAUUCUGGAAUAGUAGAAGCUGUGGGGUCACGCGUCAAAAAGGCUUUCAAAAAAGGCGAUCGGGUUGCUGGGUUUGUGCACGGUAGCAAUGCCGUUCGCCACAAUGGCGGCGCAUUUGCUCAGUAUGUGAUUGCGAAGGGCGACCUCCAAAUAUUGAUACCCGAGUCCAUGAGCUUCGAGGCGGCAGCCACCUUCGGUGUUGGUUUGACCACUGUUGGUCAAAAUCUUUACCAGAGCAUGGAAUUGCCUUUCCCCGGCGAUCAGGGUAGCGAGUCAGAUGACACAAAUAUCCUAGUCUAUGGAGGGGCAACGGCUACCGGUACCCUUGCGAUCCAAUUGGCAAAGUUAUCGGGACUGCGAGUUGUCACAACAUGCUCUGAAGCGAACCGCAGCUUCAUGUUUGAGCUUGGGGCAGACGCGGUUUUUGAUUACCACGAUCCGCUAGUGGGCGAGCAGAUCCGAGAGGAUACUGAUGAUGCUCUGGAAUUCGUUCUUGAUACGAUCUCUACGCCCCAAUCGGCUGCCAUCUGCAGUGCUGCCAUUUCGUCAGCGGGUGGUUCCUACAAUGCACUGCUGGAUGUUCCAUCCGCGAGGGAUGACGUUGAUUCACAUGUCUCAAUGGCGUAUGAUGUCCUAGGAGAGCCUUACCGCAUGGGAACGAACGAGAUAUCUCCUAAUAGCACUAACUUUGAAUUCGGCGUCAAAUGGUGGGAAUUAGCCCAGAAACUACUCGAAGAGCGCCGCAUUCAUCCUCAUCCAUAUCAGGUGAAGCCAGGCGGUUUGACGGGAGCGUUGGCCGGCCUUCAGAUAUUACGGGAAGGUAAAGUCCGAGCGUCCAAGCUAGUCUAUCGGGUUGAUGAAUCCGAGUAA